AUGUUAUUACCUACCUACCUGGCCUCGUUGCACAUGUACGCAUCGGAGCAGCAAAAGGCACAACCGAACGAACAGGAGGACCAGGACGAACCCAUGAUUACUCUGAACAACUGCCUAUCAGAGGCAGUUCAGCUUGCCGCUCGCCUGACCAAGUACGACAUGGUUGGACCGGAUC